ACGUCAGCCGGGGGGCGGGGCGGUCCGUCCAACCCCUCGCGCUGCGGGCGGAUCUCGACAAACCGUCUGACACCGGACGCGGAACCGAUCAGUGAGUUUCUGUCCGGUCUGUUUUCACUGUGACACCAUGUGGGCGCGUGCUGUGCUGUGCGCGGCGCUGCUGUGCGCGCUCUGCUCCGCGGGACGGACGGAAGCCGAGAGGCGCGAGAGGCAGCUGCGGGACUACCGACACAACUCCGACCGACUGCUGGUGGAUCUGCAGGAGGUUCUGGAGAAGCUGCAGACGAGGACGAUUCAUCCGUGGGAGAAGAAAUACGGACGAGUUCCCUCAUGCGACCUCGGUGAACACUGCGCCGUCAGAAAAGGAUCUCGCAUCGGGAAGAUGUGCGACUGUCCCCGAGGAGCCAUCUGCAACUUCCUGCUGCUCAAAUGCUUAUGAGCCAAAAUCAUAACUCAUAACUGUUCCUGUAGAGACCUAUAUAUUUUACACGUGUAUAAAUGAUGUAAAGAGAAGUUUCCCUGUAAAGUCAAUAAAAUGUUUGUGGCAUUUAAAAAAACUCUUGUUUCUAUGAAGAUUUAAACGUUUUUAGUUUCUGACCUGAAGAGAUGGAAGCGUUUGAUUCGUCGUGGUCACCGCUGGAUCAUGAGUCUGUCGCCCCCUGCAGGACGCAGACACACCUGCAGCCUGGGAGAUGAACUGAUGCUUUUCUUGGGAGUUCCAUCGGACGAGAUGAAACUAUUACAAAGCUGCAACCAAAGAUUAUUUAAUGAUCGAUUCGCCUGCUAUUUAUAUUCUCGAUUAAUUGAUGAGUUGUUUGGUUCAUUAAAUGGUUAUAAAAAGUUGAUCAUGUUUCUCAAACCUCAACAUGAAGUUGUU